UUCAUCACCCUGACGUCAGGAGCUGUCCAAAGGCCUUGGUGCUGAAAUAAAAUGGCUGGCUGCUAGAGAAACCCAAGGAAGGUGGAACAAUUCCAGAAGUAUGCAAUUUCCCAGAAGGCGACGACAACGCGCAGCCUCUCCCAACCCAGGUCCCAGCUGAGAGCCAAAUCUGAAAAGCCAGCCUCGCCGAAGGGAAGGUGUAAAAAAUUGGCGAGACAGAGAAAUUAAGAAAGGACCAUGUCUUUGCUUUGUGUUGGAGUCAAGAAAGCCAAAUUUGACGGCCCCCAAGAAAAAUUCAACACGUACGUCACCCUCAAAGUCCAGAAUGUGAAGAGCACGACGAUAGCGGUGCGAGGAAAUCUUCCAUGCUGGGAGCAAGACUUCAUGUUCGAAAUCAACCGCCUGGACCUCGGGCUGACAGUGGAAGUGUGGAACAAGGGUCUAAUCUGGGACACGAUGGUGGGGACUGUGUGGAUUCCGCUAAGCACGAUCCGGCAAUCCAACGAGGAGGGGCCCGGGGAAUGGCUGACUCUCGACUCCCAUGUCAUCAUGACGGACAAUGAGAUCUCUGGGACCAAGGACCCAACUUUCCACCGCAUCCUUUUGGACACUCGCUUUGAACUCCCACUUGAUAUACCUGAGGAGGAAGCGCGCUACUGGGUCAAAGAGCUUGAGAGGCUCAAUGCGAUGCGAGAUCAGGAUGAUGAGAAGCCGCUGCCCGUACCUGGAUCUCAGUGCUGCAACUGGAAUUAUUUUGGCUGGGGAGAUCAACAAAAUGAUGACCCAGACAGCACCAUGGAUGACCGCGACAGCGACUACCGCAGCGAGACCAGCAACAGCAUCCCGCCUCCUUUUUACACCACCUCCCAGCCCAACGCUUCGGUCCACCAAUACCCCAUGAGGCACCAGGAGAGAGCGACCAGGGACUCUUACGCUGGCUCCAUGCAGAGCUACGAUAUGGACUACUCUGACCAUCGGCCCAUGAGCCCCACGGGGAGCAGCCGCUACGCCUCGUCGGCGGAGCUGAGCCAGGGCAGCUCUCAGCUGAGCGACGACUUCGACCCCGACGACAUCAGCCUGGACGAGCGGGACGGGGACUCGUACCACUCCUGCCACAGCUCGGUCAGCUACCACAAGGACUCGCCGCGCUGGGACGAGGACGAAGACGACCUCUACUUGGACGAGGACGAGUUUAACGAGGAGUACAGCGAUAACGAGGAGUACUACCCCGAGGACAAGGUGGGGGAACUCGAACCCGAGACCUACCCCGGGGAGGCCUAUCCGCAGCAAGAGCAGCAGCAGCAGAAGGGCCAGCCGCCGCUGCAGCAGCCGCCGCAAGGCGCGCCGUCCCAGCAGAAGCCACUACAGGCACAGCAGCAGCAGCAACAGCCACUACAAGCACAGCAGCAGCAGCAGCAGCAACAACAGAAGCCACUACAGGCGCAGCAGCAACAACAGCAGAAGCCACUACAGGCGCAGCAGCAACAGCAACAGCAGAAGCCACUACAGGCACAGCAGCAGCAACAGCAAAAGCCACUACAGGCGCAGCAGCAGCAACAGCAGAAGCCACUACAGGUGCAGCAGCAGCAACAGCAGAAGCCACUACAGGCACAGCAACAGCAACAGCAGAAGCCACUACAGGCACAGCAACAGCAACAGCAACAGCAGAAGCCACUACAGGCGCAGCAGCAACAACAGCAGAAGCCACAACAAGCACAGCAGCAGCAAAAAGCAGAGCAGCCGCCGUCGGCACAAUCAUUGCAGCAGCCGCAGCCGCCGCAACAGCAGCGGAAGGCACCGGAAGAGACGGCGGAAGAGCUUCUGGCAGGCCAGCAGAAGGAGGCGCCGGUGGAAGAGGCCCCCGCCCCGGAGGAAGCCCCCCAGGAGGAAGAACCCCCCAAGGAAGAGGAGAGGGAGAAGGUAGAGGCAGAACCGGUGGACCCGAAAGCCCGAGCGAAGGCGAAUUGGCUGCGGGCCUUCAACAAAGUAUGCAUGCAACUUCAGGAGGCUCGGGGCGAAGGAUCCGGAGAAUCGAAAUCCCUUUGGUUUAAAGGCGGACCGGGCGGCGGGCUCAUCAUAAUUGAUAGCAUGCCUGAUAUUCGCAAACGGAAACCCAUCCCCCUAGUUAGCGAUUUGGCUAUGUCCUUGGUCCAGUCCAGGAAAGCUGGUAUCACAUCAGCACUUGCAUCAAGCACUUUAAACAAUGAAGAGCUAAAAAACCAUGUUUACAAGAAGACCCUCCAAGCCUUAAUCUACCCCAUCUCUUGCACAACCCCCCACAACUUCGAGGUGUGGACCGCCACAACGCCCACCUACUGUUACGAGUGCGAGGGUCUGCUCUGGGGCAUUGCGCGCCAAGGCAUGCGAUGUACAGAAUGCGGAGUCAAGUGCCACGAGAAGUGUCAAGACCUGCUCAACGCCGACUGCUUGCAAAGGGCGGCUGAGAAAAGUUCGAAGCAUGGGGCCGAGGACCGCACGCAGAAUAUUAUCAUGGUGCUGAAAGAUCGUAUGAAGAUCCGGGAGCGCAAUAAGCCCGAGAUCUUUGAGCUGAUCCAGGAGAUCUUCGCCGUCUCCAAGACUACUCACACCCAGCAGAUGAAAGCUGUGAAGCAGAGCGUUCUGGAUGGGACCUCAAAGUGGUCAGCUAAAAUCAGUAUCACAGUGGUUUGUGCACAAGGGCUGCAGGCGAAGGACAAGACCGGGUCGAGCGACCCGUACGUCACCGUCCAGGUCGGGAAGACGAAAAAGAGGACCAAAACCAUCUACGGCAACCUGAACCCGAUCUGGGAGGAGAACUUCCACUUUGAAUGCCAUAACUCCUCCGAUCGAAUCAAGGUGCGUGUCUGGGAUGAAGACGACGACAUCAAAUCUCGGGUGAAGCAGCGCUUUAAGAGGGAAUCUGAUGACUUUCUGGGCCAGACGAUCAUCGAGGUGCGGACGUUGAGCGGGGAGAUGGACGUCUGGUACAAUUUGGAUAAGCGGACGGACAAAUCGGCCGUCUCUGGGGCGAUCCGCCUGCACAUCAGCGUGGAGAUCAAAGGGGAGGAGAAAGUGGCGCCGUAUCAUGUGCAAUACACCUGCCUACAUGAGAACCUCUUCCAUUUCGUGACGGACAUCCAAAACAACGGCGUGGUGAAGAUACCCGAGGCAAAGGGCGACGACGCGUGGAAAGUGUACUUUGAUGAAACUGCCCAGGAGAUCGUGGACGAGUUUGCUAUGAGAUAUGGAGUGGAGUCCAUCUAUCAGGCCAUGACGCAUUUUGCCUGCCUGUCUUCGAAAUAUAUGUGCCCUGGGGUGCCAGCAGUCAUGAGCACUCUGUUGGCCAACAUCAACGCUUAUUACGCUCAUACAACUGCCUCUACCAACGUCUCUGCCUCCGACCGUUUUGCCGCGUCCAAUUUCGGGAAAGAACGGUUUGUCAAACUUCUGGAUCAGCUGCACAACUCCCUACGGAUCGAUCUCUCUAUGUACCGGAAUAACUUCCCUGCCAGCAGCCCAGAGCGGCUGCAGGACCUCAAAUCGACGGUGGACCUCCUGACCAGCAUCACUUUUUUCCGGAUGAAGGUCCAGGAGCUUCAGAGUCCCCCGCGAGCCAGCCAGGUGGUGAAGGACUGCGUGAAGGCCUGCCUCAACUCCACGUACGAGUACAUCUUCAACAACUGCCACGAGCUCUACAGUCGGGAGUACCAGACCGAUCCGACUAAGAAAGGAGAACUCCCGCCAGAAGAACAAGGCCCCAGCAUCAAGAACCUGGAUUUUUGGUCCAAACUUAUCACCUUGAUCGUCUCCAUCAUCGAGGAAGAUAAGAACUCAUACACACCCUGCCUCAACCAGUUCCCCCAAGAGCUGAACGUCGGGAAGAUCAGCGCCGAAGUGAUGUGGAACCUUUUUGCUCAGGAUAUGAAAUAUGCAAUGGAAGAGCAUGACAAGCACCGGUUGUGCAAAAGUGCCGAUUACAUGAACCUGCACUUUAAGGUGAAGUGGCUCUACAAUGAAUACGUCACAGACCUCCCUUCAUUCAAGAGCCGCGUCCCUGAGUAUCCGGCGUGGUUUGAACCUUUUGUCAUCCAGUGGCUGGACGAGAACGAGGAAGUCUCGCGAGAUUUCCUGCACGGAGCCCUAGAACGAGACAAGAAGGACGGGUUCCAGCAAACAUCGGAGCAUGCCCUUUUCUCCUGCUCAGUGGUCGACGUCUUUUCCCAGCUGAAUCAGAGCUUUGAAAUCAUCAAGAAGCUGGAAUGCCCCGACCCACAGAUUGUGGGCCACUACAUGCGCAGGUUCGCCAAGACCAUUAGCAACGUCUUGCUGCAAUACGCCGAAAUCAUCUCCAAGGACUUUGCUUCCCAUUGCUCCAAGGAGAAAGAAAAAGUGCCCUGCAUCUUGAUGAACAACAUCCAGCAGCUGCGUGUCCAACUGGAGAAAAUGUUUGAAGCCAUGGGGGGGAAAGAGCUGGACACAGAAGCCAGCGACAUCCUCAAGGAACUGCAGGUGAAGCUCAACAACGUCUUGGAUGAGCUGAGUCGAGUGUUUGCAACCAGUUUCCAGCCGCACAUCGAGGACUGCGUGAAGCAGAUGGGGGACAUUCUGAGUCAGGUGAAGGGCACAGGCAACGUGCCGGCCAGCGCUUGCAGCAGCGUUGCCCAAGACGCCGACAACGUCUUGCAGCCCAUCAUGGACCUCCUUGAUAGCAACCUGACCCUCUUUGCCAAGAUCUGCGAGAAGACCGUCCUCAAGCGAGUGCUGAAGGAGCUUUGGAAACUCGUCAUGAACACCAUGGAGAAGACCAUCGUGCUUCCGCCCCUCACAGACCAGACGAUGAUUGGCACUCUCUUGAGAAAGCAUGGCAAAGGGACUGAGAAGAGCAGGGCGAAGGCCCCCAGUCACACCGAAGGCACGCAGAUGAUCUUCAACGCAGCCAAGGAACUGGGUCAGCUUUCAAAACUCAAGGACCACAUGGUGCGUGAUGAAGCCAAGAGUUUGACGCCCAAGCAGUGCGCCGUGGUGGAGCUGGCCCUGGACACUAUCAAGCAAUACUUCCACGCAGGAGGCGUCGGCCUGAAGAAAACCUUCUUGGAGAAAAGCCCGGACCUUCAGUCUCUGCGCUACGCCCUCUCUCUUUACACCCAAGCCACGGACCUGCUCAUCAAAACCUUCGUGCAGACGCAGUCCUCUCAAGGAUCCGGAGUGGACGACCCCGUGGGAGAGGUCUCCAUCCACGUGGAACUGAUCACCCACCCUGGGACCGGGGAGCAUAAGGUCACUGUAAAAGUGGUAGCCGCCAAUGACCUGAAGUGGCAAACGUCGGGGAUCUUCCGCCCCUUUAUUGAGGUCAACAUCAUCGGGCCCCACCUCAGCGACAAGAAGAGGAAAUUCGCCACCAAGUCCAAGAACAACAGCUGGUCUCCGAAAUACAACGAGAGCAUCCAGUUCGCCCUUGGCACCGAGACAGGCCCUGAAUGCUAUGAGCUCCAGGUCUGUGUGAAGGACUACUGCUUUGCCCGCGAGGACCGGACGGUGGGCAUUGCCAUCCUGCAGCUAAAGGACCUCUUGCAGAGGGGCAGCUGCGCCUGCUGGCUGCCCCUCGGCCGCCGGAUCCACAUGGACGACACGGGGCUGACGGUCCUGCGCAUCCUCUCGCAGCGCAACAACGACGAGGUGGCGAAGGAGUUCGUCAAGUUGAAGUCGGAUACGCGCUCGGCCGAGGAGGGCAGCACCAGCUAAGCCCCACUGUGCCCUGCCCUCUCCCUGCCCUCCCAGUCCUGUGGUCCGUCAGCCCCAUGGCCUCCUAACAUCACCUCCCGUCCUCUUUUAUGCAGCCAUGUCGAAGCCAUAAGAGAUCCCUGCCUUCUCCUUCCUCCCUGAAUUUGGGAGCCUCGCUCCCACUGCCAAGGAUCAAACACCCUCCAAACACACACACACAUUGCCAAAUCUGUUCAGUAUUAGCCGCUAUGGGGCAGAGGGAAAAGAGGGUAGCCUCCCCCCCAGGUCAGGACCCUUGGCCCCUCCAGUCCAGCAUUGGAGAAAAGGGCAUUCUCUGCCCUACCUGAAGAUGCCCACGGUUGAAUCUCCUGCAGGGAAACAGGGCUCUGGCGCUGAGACGCUACAUUUCUGGAAACGGGGGCCAAAGGUCCUGCUGCAUGUUUCCCAAGACAGACCCUUUCGCACUCAUGGCAUAGCUGUCAAGCGUCCCUUAUUUGGCGGGACAGUCCCUUAUCCCAACGUGGUGUCCUGCUGCUGUCCCUUAUUGAUGAUGUCCCUUCAAUUUCCCGGGUUUCAAAGGAAGCAGCUCCUUUCCCUCCCUCCCUGCUGGCCAGGGAGGAGGGAGGCUCCAACUGGGUUGCUUGGCUGCGUUGCUCACCCAAUAAGGAGCCUAAGAAGGACUGGGGGGUGGAGCUUGCAUGCCUUGUGCCGAUCAAAUCGGCCGCGUUGCCUGGGGACUUGCCUUUGCUCAGCGCUUCCCAGCGGAGAGGGGACGGUGGUUUUCCUUGCUGCAUCCCCUUUGCCGGGUUGCUGCGCUGUGGGAACCACCGCUUGAGGCUUCGUUUGGCUGCUGGCUGGGCUUUCUGCCUUUGGCUCGGAGGGGCUCAGAAGUCGAACAUACCUGUGCCCGGAAAAUCCCUUAUUCCGGCUGCUGAUCCCUUAUUUCCGAGGCUGCUGGUCCCUUAUUUUCAAAUCUGUAAGUUGACAGCUAUGACUCAUGGCCACCUCUGUCCCAAUCACAGCUCUUUCCUGCUCUGGCCGGCAGCUGCGCUCUCCCAAGGUUUUGGCAAGGAGUUUUUUGGGUCCCACGGCACCUCCAGGUUGGGUCAGAGGUGGUCGUGGUGGAAUUGCUCGCGGCUGAGUGUUGGUCCAUGUAGUUCAGUGCUUCCCGCACGAACCGGCAGCCUAGGGCUAGACACACACCCUAACCGGCAGCAUUUGGAAAGAAGCAAGGUCUCGCAACACGGGCCGAGCUCUUUGCGGUUUGCAGCGCUGCCGAGAAGCAGAGCAAGCCGAUGGCGAAGAGAAGGGGUUUUAAAGUAGAACCUUUUUUAGAAAAUGAAAUAAAAUUGCGGCUCAGUGGAGCUCAGAGGCGGCUGGUGGCCAUUGGUGGUAGGUUGGGAGGUCAACAGCAGAUGGCGCCAGAGAAACAGGCGGAACCAACUAAUUCCAGUUCCGUAGGGUUGCCAGAUGUCUGGGACUUGGGAAAUCAGCCCACUUUUCCUUAAAAAAGCAGCUCAACAACUAUCCCCCCCCCAAAAAAAACCCCACAACUUUUUGAGUCCAGAUUUUUUUACUUCUUGAAACAGGGUGACCCUAAGCUGAGCCUCACAAGGAGUGCACUGAGACCAAGGAGGUAGAAGAGGAAGGAAGGAAGGAAGGAAGGAAGGAAGGAAGGAAGGAAGGAAGGAAGGAAGGAAAGUUAAGUUGGAGGGGAUGGAAUAGGACGUCCCUAUUUUCAGGGGAGAAACGUUGGAGGGGAUGGAAUAGGACGUCCCUAUUUUCACGGGAGAAAUGUUGGAGGGGAUGGAAUAGGACGUCCCUAUUUUCAGGGGAGAAACGUUGGAGGGGAUGGAAUAGGACGUCCCUAUUUUCACGGGAGAAACGUUGGAGGGGAUGGAAUAGGACGUCCCUAUUUUCAGGGGAGAAACAUUGGAGGGGAUGGAAUAGGACGUCCCUAUUUUCAGGGGAGAAACAUUGGAGGGGAUGGAAUAGGACGUUCCUAUUUUCAGGGGAGAAAUGUUGGAGGGGAUGGAAUAGGACGUCCCUCUUUUCAGGGGAGAAACGUUGGAGGGGAUGGAAUAGGACGUCCCUAUUUUCAGGGGAGAAACGUUGGAGGGGAUGGAAUAGGACGUCCCUAUUUUCAGGGGAGAAACGUUGGAGGGGAUGGAAUAGGACGUCCCUAUUUUCAGGGGAGAAACGUUGGAGGGGAUGGAAUAGGACGUCCCUAUUUUCACAGGAGAAACGUUGGAGGGGAUGGAAUAGGACGUCCCUAUUUUCAGGGGAGAAACGUUGGAGGGGACGGAAUAGGACGUCCCUAUUUUCACGGGAGAAAUGUUGGAGGGCCCCUUUCCAAGCACUGCAGCAGCCCAAUUCUGAGCUCAGAGCCAGACCCUCCCAAGCAAGGCAGCCUAGGCUUACCUGCUUCCGGCUAGCAUCCUCACUGCACCCAUUUCAGAGAAAGGACCUGUCUAACUGAGGUCCAUUCAUUGCAGUGGGUCAACCUCCACAGGGACGUCCUCUACCAUCAGCGCUGAAGCUGAGACUCAAUUCCGGUCCAGAGCUGGCGGGAAACAGGUGCCCUCUUGUCCUUUGUCCCCCCCGCUGCAGACGGCCUCUUCCAAGACCCUCUCCUUCGUCCCCAGGACCCGUUAGGAGAGAACAUCAUCCCAAAGCGGUUUCAUUCCAGCUCCCCCUCUUUUCCGAAGAUACCCUUUCCAUAAUAUUUUGCCCGGGACCAAAGUGUCGGAAUUUGAGUUGAAUGUUUACACACACACGAAACACCCCAAGUCGUAUACCUGCGCAGGUGUGCAUUCCGCCGAACUUUUUUAAAAAUAGUAAUUUAAACAAAAAGAAGACAUCGACAGGGACAUCUAAGCGGUUUAGAUUACGGAUUCCUCCCCACGGACUUCAUCCGUGUUUCUUUCCCCCCAACCUUCCCCCUCUCUGAACCAAACCGAUUCCCUUCUCGAUAAUUUCUGUCCGGCAUGUACUUGAAAGUAAACAAAGAAACAGAUGAUUUAAUAAUUUUAAAAAAGGACGGGGAAAAAAUAGAGUGAAAUAAAUAAAUACCAAUCCCGGAUGCUCAGAACCAAGUUAAUAAUUAUCCUGUUGUGGACCACAUGCACACGUCUUGAAAUAUGUCAUUAUCUGUUCUGUUCCUACUUACCUGAAGUGGAUUGAGUUGAAACAAAAAAACAAAA